AUGAUAAGACAACAAAAAUACAUUAAGGAGCUUCUGAAGAGAUUUGAGAUGGAAAGUUCAAAGACCAUUGAUACUUCUAUUCCUACUGCCACUCAUCUAGACAUAGACGAACCUAGUUCCCCUGUAAAUAAAACUAUGUAUCGGGGUAUCAUUGGAUCUCUCUUGUACCUAACAGCCAAUAGACCUGACAUUGUGUUUAGUGUUAGGUUGUGUGCUAGAUUCCAAUCAAGUCCUAAAGAAUCUCACUUGAAAGCUGCUAAAAGAAUUCUGAGAUGUCUCAAAGGAACACAAGAUCUGGUCCUAUAUUAUACCUCAGGGGAUAAUUUUGACUUAAUUUUGUAUGCUGAUGCUGAUUAUGCUGGUUAUCUGGUGGAAAGGAAGAGUACAUCUGGCAUGGCACAUUUUCUGGGAUCAUGCUUGAUUUCAUGGGGUACAAAGAAACAAAAUUCCUGUCUCUCUCUACUGCAUAAGCUGAAUUUGUGGCAGCUACCUCAUGUUGUGCCCAACUACUGUAGAUCAAGCAAUAAUUAG